AUGGCAAAUAUCCCCGUCAUACUCUCCAUUUGUCUUCUGGGAGCUUGCCUUGGUGCCGAAUGUACAGUCUUCAUCGAGAACAAAGAGGCAAGCUUGGUUCUGAGCAGGCAAAAGCGUGCCAAUUCAAACAGACUGGAAGAGGUUAUUCCUGGAAACCUUGAGAGAGAAUGCAUAGAAGAAAAAUGCAGCUUUGAAGAAGCCCGAGAAGUGUUUGAAAACACAGAGAAAACAAUGGAGUUUUGGAAAACAUACAUUGAUGGGGAUCAGUGCGACCCAAAUCCAUGCAAAAAUGGAGCCAUUUGCAAGGAUGCAGUAAGUUCCUAUGUGUGCUGGUGCCCAGCUGGGUACGAAGGCAGAAACUGUGAGAUAGACUUCACUUGUGCUAUUAAAAAUGGAGGCUGCAAACACUUUUGCAGGCAUGACCCACCACAGAAAGUUGUAUGUUCCUGUGCCGCUGGCUAUAGACUUCAUGAAGAUGGAAAGUCCUGUGAACCUGCAGUGCCAUAUCCCUGUGGGAAGAUCACAGCUCCUGAAGCGAAGAGCAAGCUCACCCGAGCCAUAAACACCUUUGAGCACUGGAAUAUCACCUUCGAUGACCACAAUGAUGCUCAUGAUGAGCUGCUCGACAACACCACGGAAACCAGUACCACCGCCACCACGAAAAUCACACCGAUAAUUAAGACGGGCACCCGGGUUGUUGGUGGAUCAGACAGCAUGAGAGGCGAGGUGCCUUGGCAGGUUUAUCUGGUGGAUAGCCAUGGCGUGGGCUUCUGCGGCGGGUCCAUCAUCAAUGAGAAAUGGGUAGUGACAGCAGCACACUGCCUGCAGCCAGGCGACAACGUCACUGCUGUGGCAGGUGAAUACAACAUCAACGAGGAAGACAACACGGAGCAGCGGCGUAAAGUGGUGAAAAUCCUUCCCCACCCCACGUACAACUCCAUGAUUGACAAGCACCACAACGACAUUGCCCUCCUGGAGCUGGACCAGCCGCUUAGCUUCAACAGCUACGUCACCCCCAUCUGCAUCGGCAGCCGGGAGUUCACCAACGCCCUGCUGAAGCACGGCAUGGGGACAGUGAGCGGCUGGGGCAGCAUGCUCUUCCGCGGCCGGCCAGCCACCAUCCUCCAGAUCCUCAAGGUGCCCUUCGUUGACCGGCCAACCUGCCUCAAGAGCACCUCCACCACCAUCCUGCAGAACAUGUUCUGUGCAGGCUUCUCAGCUGGGGGCAGUGACACCUGUGGGGGGGACAGUGGAGGUCCCUACACCACCGAGAUUGAGGGCACCUGGUUUCUCACGGGCAUCACCAGCUGGGGCGAGGAAUGUGCCAAGCCAGGUAAAUAUGGCAUCUACACCAGGGUCUCCAAAUACCUGAAGUGGAUAAAGGAAACCACAAGGCUUACCUAA